AGCUGUGUCAAGGCUCAAAUGGGAGAGUAAGUUCAAGAGGCCGCCAUGUUCCGGUCACUCCGAAUUGCGGCUUUGCCAGUCCUCGUGCUUGGCGAUGGGCUGAAGCUUCUCUUCAUGGCCGACAUUGGCCACAGCCGGAACCACGCGGAUCAGCUCACGAACCCUUGGCCCAUGGGGAAGUGCGCCUAUGAGGGGGCCUUCAGCCUGUAUGAAGGCAUGGAAGACUUCGUGGUGAAUCGGGGCGAGAAGCCCACCGCCGCGGUGAUCAUUGGCGACGUCGCCUACAGCGGUGGGGACGCGGAGGUGUGCAACGCCACGCGGGACGCCUUCCAGAGGCAUUUGCACGGACAGGUUCCAGUGGACAAGGUGUUUCCCAUCAUGGGAAACCACGACAUCCACUACCUUGGCUGCUCCAAGGGCGAGGUGCUGACUCCGUUUUCGCCCUGCUACUACGGCACUGCCCACGUCUCGGUGGCUUCCAGGUACAACAUGAGCUUCGCGCAAUGGCGGCAGAACUGGAUGGCCGCCUACCCCGGCCUGAAGACGCAGGUCACGCUGCCCAAACCCCAGGAUCGGUCAUCACCAAAGUGGAUCUCUCCAAUGCGCUACAAUCUCAACCUCGACAAGACGAGCAGCGUCUACAUCAUUGCCGGGCUCAUCUCUGGCGUGUCCAAGACGAAGUGGAACAAUGACACGCCGGCCGUGGCCGUGGAUGGCAUGGGCGAAGAGGGCUUGGAGUGCCGGUUUCUCAAGGACUCCCUGGCAGAAGGCAAGCGCCUGGGGAAGACGGUCUUUGUGUAUAUGACCCACGACUUCGACAAGGCCUGCACAGAUUUCAGCCUCAUGAGCCAGCUGGAUGUUUGGAUUUCCGGGCACAAGCACCUCUACUGGCAGUCCGAGAAGUCUGGCGCCAUUCGAGCGAAAGAGCUGCGAUACUUCCCCCUGCGAAUGACGAUCGGCAACGGCGGCUUCGACGAGGGAGAGAGUGAUGUGGUCAGCUUCGGGUAUAUGCGCGAGACUCCCUACACUGCCGGUGGUGUCCAGCGGGUGAAGGUGAGGUUUGAGGUCUACGAUACCUGCAUCUCUGCACAGUCCUCAUGCCCAAAGCUCGGUGUCGGCGGCCCCUACUGCUGGGACCAAUGCAAGAACAUCUCCGGUGGCAUUGAUGGGGGCGGUGGGCCCCGUAAGGCGACUGUAGGCCAGGACGGCAUCGGCUUCGAGUUCGACGCCCCGCGGAGGCCCAAGGACGUGCAGCCGAAGCACUGGGCCUCAGAGCUCUUUGGGCAGAGCUGGCUGCUUGGUUUUGGCGAGGACCGCUGGCUGGGCUACGCAGAAUGCCCACAUGAUGCGGUGGCUUAUAACUGCCUUGCGCCUGGCAGCGAGGAGAACGCGGUGCCGGUGCGGCUUUUCGCGGACGGGGCCGCUCUGCCGCUGAAGGGCAGCCCAGUGAAAGCCUCCCUGGCGCUGCAGGAUAGCACGCACGCAUUCGUCGUGCACGAGGCAGGCAACGUCACAUACCAGGGCAAGGGCUUCUGGGACAAGGACUUCUCGGGCCGCGGCAAGAUGCGGGCGUGGGACGCCGAUGUCUUCACCUUCCUGCCCAAGAAGGCAGGCGGCUGGGAGGCUCAUGGGCUUCGAGUUGGGGAGGAAGAGGACAAGGAAUACAUCUACUUUGAUGAAGACGGAAAGUGGGACGUGGUGUUCAAGCCGGUGGGUGACAGCCGGGCCGUGUAUAUUUAAUCCAGCGCGGCACCGACAUGAGGCAGAUUUGGGCGUGCCCCGAAGGGGAUUUGCCCGUUUUGCCCACUUUUCCGCCUUUAGUUUAGCUGUGCUUGCCCAAGGGGGCAGCAGGCAGGAGGGUGAGGAACUCUUAACAAAGAAUGCUGCCGGGCAAUGAGAAGCUUGAGGUGGCUGCCCCUCAGAGACCAUGAGUUGAGCA